AUGUUUCCGGUGCAAAUAUUCGUUGUUUUAUCAAUGAUGAUUAUUAUUAAUCAAGCAGCAUUAACAUUGAACUAUCAACAAUCUAAUCCACCUUUCACACCAGAAUUUGAUAAAACUAAUACUGGUAUAAUAAAAAAAAAGUUAUAUCUUAAUGGAAAUGGACAUUAUUCUGAUGUUACAAGUCGAUAUGAUUUUAUUUUAAGAGAUUUACUUAAAAAUUCACAUGCCUCGUUAAUACCUGAUGAUAAAAAGUGGUGUUAUGGUCCGUAUGGAAAGUACAUAUGUUGA